AUGAUAAAUUCACCCUACCGAAAAUCUAACGCUUUAUUUAAAAUUAUUAAUAAUUCACUUAUUGAUUUAGCCUCUCCUUCAAAUAUUUCUUAUUUAUGAAAUUUUGGAAGUUUGUUAGGAAUUUGCCUUUUAAUUCAAAUUAUUACAGGUUUAUUCUUAGCUAUACAUUAUUAUCCCCAUACUGAACUAGCAUUUAAUAGAGUAAGAAUUAUUUGUCGAGAAAUUAAUUUUGGAUGAUUAAUUCGAACUCUUCAUGCCAAUGGAGCAUCAAUAUUUUUUAUUUGUAUAUAUAUUCAUAUUGGGCGGGGAAUUUAUUAUGGGUCCUCAAAUUUAAAAAGAACAUGACUAAUCGGAGUAACAAUUUUUUUAUUAUCUAUAGCAACAGCUUUUCUUGGUUAUGUUUUACCUUGAGGGCAAAUAUCUUUUUGAGGAGCUACAGUAAUUACUAAUCUUAUUUCAGCUAUCCCUUAUUUAGGAAACUCUAUUGUAAUUUGAAUUUGGGGGGGGUUUGCUGUAGAUAAUGCUACAUUAGUUCGAUUCUUUACUUUUCAUUUCAUUCUCCCAUUUAUUAUCCUUAGCUUAGUUAUUAUUCAUUUACUUUUUCUUCAUAAAUCUGGAUCAUCAAAUCCCUUAGGAUUAAAUAAUAAUUUAGAUAAAAUUCCAUUUCAUCCUUACUAUUCCUUUAAAGAUUUAUUAGGAAUACUAAUUAUAAUUUUUAGAUUAACUUUAAUUACUCUAACUAUACCUUAUAUAUUAAGAGAUCCUGAUAAUUUUACACCAGCUAAUCCUUUAGUUACUCCUAUUCAUAUUCAACCUGAAUGAUAUUUCUUAUUCGCUUAUGCAAUUCUUCGAUCUAUCCCUAAUAAACUAGGAGGUGUUAUUAUUAUAUUCCUUUCAAUUAUAAUUUUAUACACACUACCAAUUAUUAAUAAUAAAAAUUCAAGAAUUAAUUUUUACCCUAUUAAUAAAAUAUUAUUUUGAAUGUUUGUAUCUAUUAUUUUAAUUUUAACAUGAAUCGGUAUAUCCCCCGUAGAAAAUCCUUAUAUUAACUUAGGGCAAUUUUUUACAAUUUGUUAUUUUUCCUAUUUUCUAAUAAGAUAUUUAUUUAUAAAUAUAUGAAAUAAAUAUCUCUAUUUAUAG